AUGACCCACUCCUGCUGCUCCCGUUGCUGCCAGCCUACCUGCUGCAGGACCACCUGCUGUAGGACCAUAUGCUUCCAGCCCACCUGUAGUGGGUCCAGCUCUUGUGGGUCCAGCUGCUGCCAGUCCAGCUGCCCCGCAACUUGCUCUCAAACCACCUGCUGCCAACCUACUUAUGUGACCACCUGCUGCCAGCCCACCUGCUGUAGGACCACCUGCUGCAAACCCACCUGUGUGACCACCUGCUGCCAGCCCACCUGCUGUGGAUCCAGCAGCUGUGGACAAACCUGCGCUGGUUCUAACUGCUGUCAGCCUUGCUGCCAGCCAGCUUCCUGUGCACCCGUGUACUGCCACAGAACCUGCUACCACCCCACAUGCUGCUGCCUGCCUGGGUGCCUAGACCAGAGCUGUGGAUCCAGUUGCUGCCAGCCUUGCAGCCGCCCUAUCUGCUGUCAAACUACCUGCUGCAGGACCACCUGCUGCCGCCCUAGCUGUGUGUCCAGCUGCUGCCAGCCUUCCUGCUGCUGA